AUGCACGCCAGGGGUAAUUGCCAUGUCAAGGCCUCGGAAUACGUGAAGUGCGAUACUGUAUCGCACGCAGCAGUCGGCUGUCAACCGGAGCCACCAUUACACAACACACACACAGACACACACAGACACACGCAUAGAGUCACAUCCAUGUACUCAUAUACUCAAAUCUCCGGCCUGAAUAUGACCAUUUCCAGUCGCUCGCCGUCUCCCCUCAACCCAUCUCGGUGGCCAGAGGUCAUCCGGCCUCGUGGUACCCCCUCGGACACACCGACCCUUGCUGCUCGUCCCGGCCGACCCCCUCUCAGACCCUCCGACCCUUGGGCUUGCCUGUCCGUCUGCCUGCUACCGAGGUUCGCCGGCCUCACUGGUACUCUCGGCAUCAGCAUCCAUCACAAAGCGACUCGCCUGCCUGUCGUGACUUCUUCUUCGAGGCCCACCUCACCGGACCGGUGCCCUGGGCCCCAUGACAGAGGACUGCGUCGUGCUACGUCCCCUUUCGGUCGACAAUCGCUUGGUUCAGGGUCUCGAGAACAAGCGCCUCUGAGGCAGCGCUACCCGCAUGAUGCUGGGGACGAUUGUGAAACGCGAUUCACAUGCCGGCCACUUUCUCUACUCCCCAGACUGCCUGCAUCUCUUCUGCAACUGCAUCUAAUGAAGUGGGUCGAGAUGGCGGUUGACUUAGGCCCCAGUUCACAACGCCAAAGGAGUGUGUUGAAUAGAGGACUCGAACGCCUGGCCACGUAUCCACCCGCAGGCCUAUUCGAGCCCGGAGGCAUUCACGUGGCUUCUCGGCCACGCGCCAACGGGGUCAGUCCAUCCGACGGACUCGCUCGGUCGCAUGCAACAAAUGUCAGGCAACUCCCCGCUCUGACGUAA